AUGCUUUGUCACUUAAGCAGCAUCGCAUUAUUUAAAUCUUACCGUACAUGUAAUUAUUCAUAUGUUUAUUACUUCUUCUUUUUAAACUCCUCUUUCUUCUUCUUCUUCUCAAACUCCUUCAUCUUCUUUCUUCUUCUUCUUCUUCUCAAACUCCUUCAUCUUCUUUCUUCUUCUUCUUCUCAAACUCCUUCAUCUUCUUUCUUCUUCUUCUCAAACUCCUUCAUCUUCUUUCUUCUUCUUCUUCUCAAACUCCUUCAUCUUCUUUCUUCUUCUUCUCAAACUCCUUCAUCUUCUUUCUUCUUCUUCUCAAACUCCUUCAUCUUCUUUCUUCUUCUUCUUCUCAAACUCCUUCAUCUUCUUUCUUCUUCUUCUUCUUCUCAAACUCCUUCAUCCUCUUUCUUCUUCUUCUUCAUCCUCUUUCUUCUUCUUCUCCUUCAUCAUCCUCUUUCUUCUUCUUCUUCUUCUCAAACACCUUCAUCCUCUUUCUUCUUCUUCUUCUUCUUCUCAAACUCCUUCAUCCUCUUCCUUCUUCUUCUUCUCAAACUCCUUCAUCUUCUUUCUUCUUCUUCUCCUUCAUCAUCCUCUUCCUUCUUCUUCUCAAACUCCUUCAUCCUCUUUCUUCUUCUCAAACUCCUUCAUCUUCUUACUUCUUCUUCUCAAACUCCUUCAUCUUUCUUCUUCUCCUUCAUCAUACUCUUCCUUCUUCUUCUCAAACUCCUUCAUCCUCUUUCUUCUUCUCAAACUCCUUCAUCUUCUUUCUUCUUCUUCUCAAACUCCUUCAUCUUUCUUCUUCUCCUUCAUCAUCCUCUUCCUUCUUCUUCUCAAACUCCUUCAUCUUCUUUCUUCUUCUUCUCAAACUCCUUCAUCUUUCUUCUUCUCCUUCAUCAUCCUCUUCCUUCUUCUUCUCAAACUCCUUCAUCCUCUUCCUUCUUCUUCUUCGCAAACUCCUUCAUCUAUUUCUUCUUCUUCUUCUCCUUCAUCAUCCUCUUCCUUCUUCUACUUCUUCUCAAACUCCUUCAUCUUCUUUCUUCUUCUUCUCCUUCAUCAUCCUCUUCCUUCUUCUUCUCAAACUCCUUCAUCCUCUUCCUUCUUCUACUCAAACUCCUUCAUCUUCUUUCUUCUUCUUCUCCUUCAUCAUCCUCUUCCUUCUUCUUCUCAAACUCCUUCAUCUUCUUUCUUCUUCUUCUCCUUCAUCAUCCUCUUCUUCUUCUUCUCAAACUCCUUCAUCUUCUUUCUUCUUCUUCUCAAACUCCUUCAUCUUCUUUCUUCUUCUUCUCCUUCAUCAUCCUCUUCUUCUUCUUCUCAAACUCCUUCAUCCUCUUUCUUCUUCUUCUUCUCAAACUCCUUCAUCUUCUUUCUUCUUCUUCUCCUUCAUCAUCCUCUUCUUCUUCUUCUCAAACUCCUUCAUCCUCUUUCUUCUUCUUCUUCUCAAACUCCUUCAUCUUCUUUCUUCUUCUUCUCCUUCAUCAUCCUCUUCCUUCUUCUUCUUCCUCUCAAACUCCUUCAUCCUCUCGAGUAAAUGGAUGUUAUAUAUUCUUUCUUUCUUUCUUACUUUCUUUCUUUCUCGUAUUGCCUCUUUCUUUCUUUCUCGUAUUGCCUCUUUCUUUCUUUCUUUCUUUCUCGUUUGCCUCUUUCUUUCUUUCUCGUAUUGCCUCUUUCUUUCUUUCUUUCUUUCUUUCUUUCUUUCUCGUAUUGCCUCUUUCUUUCUUUCUUUCUCGUAUUGACUCUUUCUUUCUUUCUUUCUUUCUCUUCUUUUAUUUUUCUUUCUUUUCCCUUACCCUUUUUAUUCAUUAUUUUUUUCAUUUGUUCCCGCUUUGUUCUUCCCUAUCCCAAAUUCUUCUUAUCCAUUUAACAGCAUUUUCAUUCUCACCUAUGAAGUUUUGCUUUAUCUAUCUAUCUAUCUCAUUCUGUCCAUAUCUAUCUAUCUCAUUCUGUCCAUAUCUAUCUAUCUAUUUAUCUAUGUAUCUAUCACAAACAUUAGGAAACUCUCAAUUUUACAUCGGCCUUUGUUCUUCUUUUUCUUCUUCUUCUUCUUUUUCUUCUUCUUUUUCUUUUGUUUCUUAG